CGCGCCGGCGCGAAUCGCAUUCGUCUGAACACCUGCAGAUUCGUUGAAAAUGAUAUUUUCUAUGAUAAUAAAUGAUUACAUUAAUUUGCCUGUGAAAUUUUAUUAAUUUGCCGAAUAGAUUAAUAGUAAAUAAUUGGAAGUAAGAUUCUGUGAUUGUAUUGUAUGGACAGCGAUAUAGUGUAAGUGAAGUGAAAGAAGAUAUUAUUUGAUUAUCAAAUCUGAUAAUUCAUAAAUACAAAAGAAUAUGGGUUCAAUUGUUCUCAAAAGUUUAUCCAUCCUUUUGGGUUUGUUUUUUAUUUUCAUGGGGACCACGAAAAUAACUCCACUAAUAUCUAAAGAGCUACACAAAGAAUUGAGAAAAGAGUAUGUGAGGUACGCAAAAGUAUUUCCAUUAACGGAAAUGCUGGACUUCAAAGUGCCAUCGAAGUGGUACAGACGGACAAUCGGAGGCUGCGAAAUUCUCUUCGGCUUGGCCCUUGCUCUUAUACCGCACCAGAGGAUAAAGAACGCGGCGAACAUCGGGCUCAUACUGCUGAUGGUGCUGGCGGCCUACUCGCACGUGGCCAUCAGCGACCCGUUCGACCGCUGCGCGCCGACGCUCGUGUUCUUCUUCAUGCUCUGCGGCCGCCUCGUGGUUUGGUACCAAACGCACCGCCGUGAAAUGCUGGAAAAGAUGGCAGCUGCUCAAAACGGAAACGGUCUAAAGCGAGAUUGAUAUUAUUAUUUUGUAGUUGAAUACAUGUAAAUGCUUAAUUUUUUUUUCUUCGAUACACACUUUUGAUACCGACAAAUUUGAACGACACGUUUAGUACAAGUUUUGGUUGCACUUUGUUUUAUUAUGCACUGUGAUUAUGGUCUAGUCUACACGAUGUUAUUUACAAUUAUAAAAUAUUGUAUUUUCCUGAAUGAAAUACUCUUAUUUAUUGUUUAGAGCGAUAUAAAUUCAUUGCAUUAUUUUUAUUACCCCUGCGAAGUUUAAGAUGUUAAAAACUUUUUAAAGUCUUAACUUUUUUAUUAGGUAGGAGUAAUUCUACAUACCUUCUAUUAGUACUUAUAUUAUUCUAUUGGUACUAUUUACGAGCGUGGUCUUAUGCGGUAAAUGUAAAGUAGAUUAAAUUUUUAUUAAUCACGACAUGGUAGAGAUCGUCAUGUUUGUACUAGAACAGUUUAAGGUAUUUAAGAAAUAUUUGAGACUAUAUCAUCUCUUAAAAGUCCAGAAUAUUCUAGAAUAAAAAAUGUACUAUUAUAUAUCCAUAAGGAUUAAUAAUAUGCCUUUUUGUAACGACCACUUUAUGAGAUAUGUGUACAAUGUCUUGAUACAUUUUAGUUAUAGGUAUCUACAUGUAUACAUAAUAUAAUGAAUAGGUGUAACUUCGUCGAAACUAUGAGAUCAUAAUAAUCAUUAAUUCGUUAAAAAACACUACCCAUUUUUAUUUGUGUAGAAGAUAUAUACACUUAUCAGGAUAAUAUAAAAUAUUGGCAAUGAAUUGUAAUGUGUAAAAGUGAUAUUAAUUUAAGUGUAUGUGGUGUAUUUAUUUGUAUGGAAGUAGAUUUGAGUGUUUUGUAGGUUAUAUUAACUGCCACUUUACAUACAUAUAACUUGCACUUAGGAGAUAUGGACAUUUCUCGUUGUGAAUAUGAUUUGCUCAAUUGUGUAGAACGGAUGGAGUUUUCAUAGCCUUGUUAAUAAAGAACUAUUUUAUUCGUUCAAAUUUUUGUUUACACGUUACAGGAAUUGAUUUACAGCCAGCUAGUUCAUACAGAAUUGUUUACACUAUCGCUUCUAUUUCGGUGGUGACUUCGAAUACAAGUCGGUAUUCCCGGUUCAUUAAAUAUACCGAUAAAAAUAUUUUUUCUAGUGGUCUAAGAUCAUUGACGACGUAAAUAUGAUAAUUUGUUUAUUCGUGUUUACACUGCCUCUAAACUUUAAAAAUCUAACUCAUAUAAUAUAUUUAGUCUAACGUCGUGUGAAAGAUGUCGAUACAAUAGCAAAAUAUGCAAAAUAACAUAUCACCCAGUUUAAUCAACUCUGAUUAUAUACAGUUUGAAUAAUUUGAUGAAAAAAAAUUAAGGUACGAUUACACUACAAUCGACAAGAGCAUAAAUAGUUUUAUUACAAUUUUAUAAUGUGAUGUGUGUGUCAGAUACCUACUUUUAGAAAACUUUGCUUACUGAGGGUUGUUACUUAGAAAAUUUAGUUCCUAUAAAUCUUUUAGAAUGUUAAUACUUUUUUAUUUGCCUGUAGAUAAACACGCAUUUUCUUCGCGCAAUUAUUUCUUAUUUGUUAUGAAUUAAACAUUUGCAUUCUUUUGCCGAUCAAUCAACUAUUCAUUUUGUAAGCAA